GUGUGUAAAUCCAAAAUACCAAAUAUCCAAAAUACCAAAACAAUAUAUCCAUAUCUAUCUAUAUAUAUCUAUCUAUACAAACAACAAUAAAGGUGUAAGAAUGAAGCAGAAUCUCGCAUGUGGCAGACUGCUUCGUCGUUGAUCAGCAAAGUGCGUGGAUCAUUAUUAAAUCAUCGCAAUCAUGGUCUACGAAUCCAUGCCAUAAAAUGUCUUCAAGUCUUGAUCCUCAUGCAAACAAAGAGAGAACGGAAUGACGGACCACGAGACGAUAUAUCGCUCUACCUAGUUCGACCAGAUCAUCGCUUACUAAACCUGAGUCAACUGGAUGAAGAAGGAAAGCAGAUGUUUAAUACAAUGAUUGAGUGGCUAAAGAGAACUGAUGAGCAUGGAUCUGUAUUGACAGCUGUCAUAAGUUGUUUGGUUCCUUUGGUUAAAAAACGUCCUCAAUUUGCUCGACAAGUGGCCGCUGCAUUUGUUAAUUGUUUCAAAUCCUCGCCAGCAGUAUUGCCAAACCCGCAAAAACGAAACGUUGAAAAGGCAAUACGGCUUUCUUUGGUUACAAUGAUUCGGGCUGACCAGUUGGCCCAGUACCGUAAUGAGAUUAUAAGUGCAUUUGGAGCAGUAGGAGGAAAUACGGCUAUUUUCCAAAAUCGUCAAGCGCGAGAGCAAAGGGAAAGAGAAAAACGUGAGGCAGAAGAGGCCAGACGGUCAAAACGUUCUCUCACAGGAAAAGAUGAUGGAGGACAGGGAAAAAGGGCAAGGGUAUUAGAACAAGCACCGAUAUCCCAACCACCCAACCCAAACAUGCAACAAUCAUCAUCAUUAGACUCACAAAAUGCAAGAGCAUCUAUAAAACCAUCAGUCAGGCCACCUCCUACACAGACACCACCAAAUCCGCUUGCUGGAUUUGAUGUAACUACUUUGCCUUUGAAUGUGGUUGUAGAGCUGUGUGUAGCUGUACUUCAGAACAUCUCAAUGGAGACAAUUAGCCAGCGAAUUCAUAUGGUGAGCUUUGUACAUAUAUAAAAAUCAUAAAUAAAUAAAUAAUUGUAGAUAGAUAUAUAGACACAUCAAUAAAUCAAUAAAUCAAUGUCUAGGUCC